AUGGCUCAGCUUCCUCCUGGGAUUCGCCUCAUCACUUCAUUUUCACGUGAUCAGUGGUACAGAGCCUUCAUUUUCUCUCUCACUUUCUUAUUGUAUGCCAGCUUCCAUUUAUCAAGGAAACCUAUUAGUAUAGUUAAGGGAGAGCUGCAUAAGCAUUGCGCUGCUUCACAUGAAGUUGAACUCGUCUCCUACAAAGAAUAUGCUGCCCAGAUUCAGCCUGUCAAAAAGCCAUCUAAUGUAUCUCAGUGUGGUUGGGAGCCAUUUGAUAAGAACAACUACAAACAGUUACUGGGAGCACUGGAUUACUCAUUUCUGUGUGCAUAUGCAAUUGGAAUGUAUUUAAGUGGAAUAAUAGGAGAACGGCUACCUAUCCGGUACUAUCUGACAGUUGGGAUGCUUGCUAGCGGACUCUUCACUGCAAUGUUUGGAUUGGGUUAUUUCUAUAAUAUACAUAAUCUGUGGUUUUACAUAAUGGCCCAGAUAGCUAAUGGGUUGGUGCAAACUACUGGCUGGCCAAGCGUCGUUACAUGUAUUGGCAACUGGUUUGGAAAAGGAAGGAGAGGUUUGAUCAUGGGAAUCUGGAAUUCACACACUUCAGUGGGAAAUAUCUUGGGAUCCUUAAUUGCCGCUUAUUGGGUGUCUACAUGCUGGGGUCUCUCCUUCGUGAUGCCUGGUGUUAUCAUUGCUGUGAUGGGGAUUGUUUGUUUCCUGUUUCUUAUUGAACAUCCUAGAGAUGUAAGUUGCUCCUGCACGCCAUCCAGUAGUUCUAAAACCUUCCUGAAUGGUGCAGCUCGAUUCAGAGUCCAGAUGCCAACCUUAAAUGCUAAGGAAACCAGCAAACCUCAGGAUCCGGAGAUGCAGCAUUUACUUACUGACUGUGAAAACUGCAAUGUGUCACUGAACUCCAGCACUGUGGUCACAGUAGAAGGUAGACAUGGGACAUCAGCUAUCAGCUUUCUUGGGGCCUUGCGAAUACCUGGAGUCAUAGAGUUCUCCCUUUGUCUUCUGUUUGCAAAGCUGGUGAGCUAUACGUUCCUCUUCUGGCUUCCCCUCUAUAUCACAAAUGUAGAACAUCUUGAUGCCAAAAGAGCUGGGGACCUUUCUACACUGUUUGAUGUGGGUGGAAUCUUCGGUGGAAUUUUGGCAGGCCUUAUUUCAGACAGGCUGGAGAAGAGGGCAUCAACCUGUGGAAUGAUGUUAUUGCUUGCAGCACCCACAUUGUACAUGUUCUCUGCAGUCAGUAAAAUGGGCCUUGAGGCUACUGUAGUGAUGCUGCUUAUCAGUGGUGCCCUGGUGAAUGGUCCUUAUGCGCUGAUCACCACUGCUGUCUCUGCCGACUUGGGUACCCAUAAAAGCCUGAAAGGGAAUGCAAGAGCCUUGUCCACAGUGACAGCGAUCAUCGACGGAACAGGAUCUGUAGGUGCAGCUUUGGGGCCUCUCUUAGCUGGUCUUAUUUCCCCAUCUGGUUGGAACAACGUGUUUUACAUGCUCAUGGUGGCAGAUGCAUGUGCCUUGCUAUUCUUACUCCGUCUUAUUCAGAAGGAACUUCGGUGUAAUGCAGAUCAGACCCUGUAA